CCCCGCCGGGGCGUGUGAGAGAAGCGGGGACGUCGGGUCGGCGGCUGGCUGAGGCACUUUCCUUCCCGCUCGGCAGCUGAAGGGAGAGAGAGGAUGAUGCGGCUCCGGAGCCCCGCGCUGCUGAGGGACCUGCUGAGGCUCAGCCACAGCGGAGCGGCGGCCGUUGGCGGGCCUGGCUGCUGCCGCCGCCCGUUGCUGAGGCGGCUCCAUCCCGCCGCCGCCGCCGGUUGCCGCCUGCCUAGCGGCGGCGCCCGCUCCUUAUGCACCCGCUCGGAGGGGAUUCUGGACGAGCCGGGAAAGGGCCCUCCGCCGCCUCAGCAACAGCAGCAGCAGGCGGCGCCCUCGGCGGAGAAGCCCGGCGCCAACAACAGCCACGGCGCCGAAGCCGGCGGCAUGGGCGACAAUAAGAUAAAGCAAGGUCUUUUGCCUAGUUUGGAGGAUUUGCUGUUCUAUACUAUUGCAGAAGGGCAAGAAAAAAUACCAGUUCACAAAUUCAUCACGGCCCUGAAAUCAACAGGUUUACGUACAUCUGACCCAAGACUGAAAGAAUGCAUGGAUAUGCUAAGAUUGACUCUUCAAACAACAUCAGAUGGUGUCAUGCUUGAUAAAGAUCUUUUUAAAAAGUGUGUCCAAAGCAAUAUUGUCUUGCUUACUCAGGCUUUCAGGCGAAAGUUUGUCAUUCCAGAUUUUGUGUCAUUUACUUCUCACAUUGAUGAGCUGUAUGAAAAUGCUAAAACACAAUCUGGAGGAACGGUUGCUGACUAUAUUCCACAACUCGCUAAAUUCAGUCCUGACUUGUGGGCAGUUUCUGUUUGUACAGUUGAUGGACAGAGGCAUUCUGUUGGAGAUACCAAAGUUCCAUUUUGUCUUCAGUCCUGUGUGAAGCCUUUGAAGUAUGCUAUUGCUGUUAAUGACCUUGGCACGGACUAUGUACACAGAUAUGUUGGUAAAGAGCCUAGUGGACUAAGAUUCAACAAAUUGUUCCUCAAUGAAGAUGACAAACCUCACAAUCCUAUGGUGAAUGCUGGAGCAAUUGUGAUCACUUCCUUGAUCAAGCAAGGAGCAAAUAAUGCUGAGAAAUUUGACUAUGUGAUGCAGUUCAUGAAUAAGAUGGCUGGAAAUGAAUACGUUGGGUUCAGUAAUGCCACGUUCCAGUCUGAAAGAGAGAGUGGAGAUCGAAACUUUGCAAUAGGUUACUAUCUGAAAGAGAAAAAGUGUUUUCCAGAAGGCACAGAUAUGGUUGGCAUAUUGGACUUCUACUUCCAGCUGUGUUCCAUAGAAGUGACUUGCGAAUCGGCCAGUGUAAUGGCAGCAACAUUGGCUAAUGGAGGGUUUUGCCCAAUCACUGGUGAGAGGGUACUGAGCCCAGAAGCCGUUCGGAACACACUAAGUUUAAUGCACUCCUGUGGCAUGUAUGACUUCUCAGGACAGUUUGCCUUCCACGUUGGUCUUCCUGCAAAAUCAGGGGUUGCUGGUGGCAUUCUGCUGGUUGUUCCCAAUGUUAUGGGCAUGAUGUGCUGGUCCCCUCCUCUGGACAAGAUGGGCAACAGCGUGAAGGGGAUACACUUUUGUCACGAACUGGUAUCUUUGUGCAAUUUCCAUAAUUACGAUAAUUUGAGGCACUUUGCGAAGAAGCUUGAUCCUCGCAGGGAAGGUGGUGAUCAGCGGCAUUCCUAUGGACCGCUGGACUAUGAGAGCCUUCAGCACGAACUUGCAUUAAAAGAGACUGUGUGGAAAAAAGUGUCACCAGAGGCAAACGAGGACAUCUCCACCACUGUAGUGUAUAGAAUGGAAGGUCGAGGAGAGCAAAACUAAAGAAAUGGGCUCUAGUUUCAGAGAGAGUUGGUUUUCGUCUUUAAACAUGCUCCCGUUUUUCUAGAUCGCACAGUUCCAGAGAAGCUAGUUUUGUUUUCAGUGUUUUGUAAAUAACUGCUCUGAGAUACCAAAGAUUAGUAUCUGGUUUUAUGCAGAUUCCUUUUAAUCGCUUUUUCAGAAAGCAAGCGGAAAUAAAGCACGAAAAUGUGUGUGGCCUAUACUUGCAAUUGUAUCAUGCUUAAGGAAUGAAUUCAAAAGGGAAUUUCGUGGGGUAUUAAAAAAAAAAAUACAGAAAAUUUGCAGUGCAGCAAAACACAAAGGUAUAUUGGCUACAAAAGAAAAUUGGAACAAUAGAUUUAGAAAAUAAUAAUACCCGAAUCAUAUAUUUUUUAUAAGUGGAUAAAUUUUACUGUUGUCACAAUUUGCUUAGAUUUUAACAGACUGUUAAACAAUCCUCUGUUAGAUUUCUCUCUCUCUCUGUCUUUUAGUAUCUUAAUCCUAAACAUUUGGAAGCAGGUUCAUUUGCUUUCAGUUCAAGCAAAUAUAUGCAAAGUCAUUCAUUCAACUUGUGCAACAUUGGAGAACUGAAAAUGAAUGGAGGUGAUAGGAUUCUUUGUAUUAGUCGUUAUGUAACAAUAUGUAGAAACCUAGUUUAAACAAUUCUUAAAUAUAUUGAAUAUUGAAAUAUACCAAAGUAUAGAAUAGUAUUGAUAAGUUAAUCUUCUAAUAGCAGCAUAUUAGGAAACCAUGCUUGCGUUGUGCCUUUGACUUCUGAAAAAUGAUAGAACCAAUGGUUGAGAGACACACACUCCAUAUAUAUUAUAACAUAUAUAUUACUCUAGAUUCUGCCAGAAAUAAAUAACAAUAGGUGCAAUAAGAAAGAAACCAUUUCACAUUUGAGAGCCCUUUAACACACGGAGGCAUUGCUUUUCUGUCGUUCGCUGAAAGUGGUAUUAAAUGCUUUUCAGAACCUCCAGUUUUAACAUAGCAAGGGGAAGGAACUUUGUGGUAGUCUGCACAUUUUUACAUGCAGAACCGGCCAGGUUCAAAUCCUGGCACCUCCAGGUAGAUCUGGAGCUUUUGUAUGAAACUCCUAGAGAGUUGUUGCCAGUCACUGUAAAGUUUGGCUGUAGUGAGGUGGACGAGCUGGUGGUCUGACUUCAUACAAGUCAACUUCCUAUGUAAUUAGCAACCCUGUUUCCCCUUGACCAAUAUCUUCUUAGAAUGUCUGCUCACAGGAAAUUUACACUCAACAAAUGCCCUCUCUAAUGUUAAUUAAAAGCUUCCUGUUCCGAAGCUCAACCUGCUUCAUUGCUUCUGUGAUCCUUGUGGCUGAAAGAGCGGUGAGGAAUCACCCUUUAUUCAGUUAGCUUCUGUUCCUGGCGUGUGUCAAUUUAAGUCUGUGCUGCUUCACUAUAAUGAAAUAAAAGAGGGGAUAAAAAGUAAUAAUGGAAAGCAACACUUCUUUCCUCCCUCACUCCCUUUUGUGGGGGACAGAAGUGCAGUCAGUGACAUUGCUGCGCUUUCUGUGAAAAGAGAGGGGGUCAGGGAUCAGCACUUUGUGAGUGCACCAGUUCCAGUGCAGGGUUGGUUCUGGCAAUGUACCUGAAAACACUAACCUCACCACCACCUCUCCCUCCCAGUAAAUACAACAGUGGUCCUGAGAGGAGAUUAGGUAUCCAGCACUACCUCUCCCUUAGAAAAAAAGGGGUGGGGGAUUAAAUAAAGGGCAGUUUAUCCCCACCUGCUGACUUGGGGAAGCAAUAAAAUGGUCUGAACCUGCAAACAGGAAGCUUUCACGUGAAAGGUACAGUUCCCCUAAGAAGUCCUAAUAGUGAAUUGCUCAUACACAACUGACAGGAUGUUGCUGCAAUUGCAUUUUACAGCAAAACCCCCACAACAAAUCAGGUCUGGGAAAAGCACAGAAGGAUAACACAAAACACUAGAUUGCAAUGAUUUAACAACAGCGUUGUGCCGAUUCCUUGCAAAAAUUGAAUGAACAAGAGACGUCCACCCCAGAGGAAAGGGUUAGUGUGGAAGCAACCUACAUCUUUGAUCUAGAACCAGCCAUGAAGAAAGUAGACCAUGAUCCACUUGUGUACCACUUAGCACCUUUGGGCUGCUGGGAUUCCUGAAAAGAAAGCUGGAUUAAGUGGAUGCGAGUCUGAUUUUGUACGGUACUUCUCAAUGUAAUCACUGGCUAACUUUUUAAUGCACAUUGAUUAUUCCUAAACUGCUAGGAAAUCUGGAGUAUGAAGUCUGUCUUUGUGAGUUUAAAACAUGUUGGUGAAUCACACAAGAGUGAAAUAAUGCCAUCCCUGUCCUAGUUAAGGGACAUUCAAACCUUUGAGUGGGAAUGGAGGGCAAGGGAGCGAGGCGGCAUCUGUAAUUAAGGGAUGGGUGUUUUGUGUAUCUGCCAUCCUCCCAAAUGAAUUAGGAGGCCCCUGCAUUUUUCUGAACAUGAAAUCUUCUCUAAAAGAGGAGAGAGUUGCAAUCUGAAGACCCACAACCAGUUGAUCCCAAGAAAGGAAAAUAUCCAAACAACCCCUCAGACAAACAUGGGUGUCUUCAUUUUAUGGGAGAUGUGGGCGGUGACUGAUGAACCUGAGCAGCAAUAAAGAGGACCAUGCACUAAGCCAGGGUUGUGCUCUUAAAGCUUUAAAAAGAAGAGCACAGGAGAUGAAAUAAACCAAAACCAAAAAGCAUGCAAAAAUUCUAUGGGGUCUGGAAUGAUAAAUCAGCACAACUGUUGGGAGAGUGGAAUGUGGCACUCAGAGUCUCCUGUAUUGUUGUAAUUGGGAUGACCUGAAUAAUUGUAUUCGGAUUGGAAGGUGUUACGGUGCAAGCUUGUCACAUUCCUAUUGGUAGGGUGGCCUAUUGAAGACAAUCUGGUAUCUUCAGCUGGUGCAAAAUUCAGCCACUAGAAUGCUUGUAGGGGCUAGGCGGUCCAUUAUAUCAAUUUUACAUUGGUCAUCCAUUUGUUUUGAGGCUUAGUUUAAAUGUUAUUUGAAGGACCUCCUAUAUCUUAUAUGAAUCUCCCUGGGUCCUAAGAUUGAUCUCAGAGGUCCUGCUUCCUGGCCUACCACUAAGGCUGAUCGAGGUCAGUGAGUAUCAGGAACAAGGCCUUGUCAGUAGCGGCCCCCGUAUUCAAAGAAUUCCCUUUCCUGAGAAUUCUGCUUGGCCCCUUCCCUUGAGGUCUUUAAGCAAACUCUGAUGGUGUUUUUUAUACUGCUGGGCUUCUUAAUUGCCCCCUAUAUUGCUGGCUGCCUAUAAUUUUAUUUUCUGCUGUUUUGUUAUGGGUUUUUGUUUUUUUUGCAUUCAACUGUUUUAUGUUUACACAUCUGUUAUAAGCUGCCUUGUGAUGGCUUGCCCUAAAACGGAGAGUGGCAAUUAAUAAUAAUAACAGUUCUGUCCUCUUUAAAUUUCUGUGGCGCUGGAUGCUUCCUGAGGCAAGAGGAUGAAGCAUGGACUUGUGUUAGCCUGUGUAAUCCUCCAUUCCUGUGCAUAUUUUUCUCCCCUUGUUUCCUUGGGGAUAUUGGCCUCACACUUUCAGAAAGUUGAGCCUACACAAGGUUUAGGCCGGAGGAUGGCUCAUGGGAGACCAUUAAAACAUUAAUUUAUGUGAUGGAAAGUGAUGCUCAGGGAAUGGGUUUCAUCUUCUCUGAAGUACACUUGGUGAUAGAGGUAACACUUCCCUGACCCAUCAGCGCUGUUACGACUUGUCUGGGCUGUUGGUUUCAGUUAAUGACAAAAUAUUUGCUGGUCUUUGGCGUCCUUUUGGUGUCCUUCGCAUGCCCCUAUAAUUGGUUCAAUGCGUUUAAUUUGAAAGUAAUUUAAACUCUUUCCUUUACUAACUUAUGGUUGUACUCCACAAAGUUGUCCUGUCUGUGCAAUAAUUUCUGCUUGUGCAAUGAAAGUUCCCCUCCCUCUCCUCUCUGCAAUACUCCGGAGUUUGGAGGGGUGGGGGGAAAUGACAUAGGAAGAGAGAAGGGAUUUGUGCAAAAGAGAUGACUUUUUUGGAUGCAAUCCAUAAUGCCUGGACCAAUAUGAAUGAGCAACCUCAACUGUCCAAAACCUUUCAUACAGGCCUCACUGCUAUGUGCAUGAGCUGAAACAAGCUCAAGCCUCAGGUUUGUGUGUUCUCCUCUACAGCAUUUCACUUCACUUUCUAUUAAUCCUGGCUUGUCAUAAAGUAUGAAAUGGGGACCUUGAUUUAAAGCUGCUUUGCUUUGACCAGCGUUCAUUCUUUGAAAUUUAUUUCUGAUUUGUGUGUCACGACAAGCCCAGCAUUCACAGAAAGUGAAACAAAACCAGCCAUGUGAGUAUCUCUGCAAAAGAAAAUGUAAUAUGAAUGAACAUUCUGGCGAAUGUAGGUUUUGCAUUCAACACCAUCUGAAGCACCUCGUGUAUGAAAAUGCUCUAUAUGACCUUAAGAAAAAGGAUGUGAACUCAGCUUAUUAGUGGGUCUGGUUAAACAGAGCAGUGGCUCCAUUCCAGCGGGGAAUUUGUCAGAUGAGCAAGACCAUGAAUAUGUUAUUAAAAGCUGAUAGAAUAUUAGCAUGCUUUUGUCUAAAUAUUCUUAAUAAAGCUUAAUGUACAUUUGUGUUCACGGCAAUAACAGUUCUUGAUAUUCAAGCAUUUUACUUGUCGUAUUUCUUUUCCCGUUUCCUUUUUUGUUGGCAUCAUUAAUGCUCCUUUGGAAAUGUAAAUGCAUUUAGAUUUUGCUUUGGCAUGUGCUGUAUGCUUUUGCUUCAGUUGAAGUGAUAUGUCAUGUGUCCCAUUUUUUUCAUUUGCAUUGUAUGCUAUUUAUGUAUCUCCCGCACAUACACUUUUGUAUCAUAAUAAAUUUUAUUUUGAGCUGCUCA